UCAACUAACAACCUCAAUUUUAUACUAGAAAAUUUCCUUUCUGUUUUUUUUGUGGUUUUCUCUGUUUUUCUCUUUGGAGUCUUCAUGUAUAAUGAAGACGUUAAGUCCAUGGCAGAAUUUCCUUUUUCUUGGCCAAAAAAUCAUGAAAUUCAAGAAGAGCCAUUAAAACGUGAACACUCAGUUCAAGAAACUACCGUUUCUUCUUUAAGUUCAAGAACUUCGCUUGAAGAACCUCACGAUCAAGAAACUCGAGAAUCUGAUAAAAAUCCCAAUAAUUCCAUUAUUGCUGCAGUUAAAGACGAUGAACAGAAAUUUGAGUUGCCUGUAAUUGAUGAAGAUGAAGAAGAAGAUGACAUUGAAUUGCCACCAGAAGAAUGUGAUCUUUUUACAGGGCAAUGGGUUUUUGAUAAUGAGACAAGGCCUUUGUAUAAAGAAGAUGAAUGUGAGUUCCUUACUGCACAAGUGACUUGCCUUAGAAAUGGAAGAAAAGAUUCUUUGUUUCAGAAAUGGAAAUGGCAACCUAGAGAUUGUUCGUUGCCAAAGUACAAGCCAAGGGCAUUGCUAAAAAGGCUAAGGAAUAAAAGGCUUAUGUUUGUUGGAGACUCAUUAAACCGAAAUCAAUGGGAAUCAAUGAUUUGUUUGGUUCAAUCUGUGAUUCCUCCUGGUAGGAAGACAUGGAGGAAGGAAGGUUCUCUUGCUAUUUUCACUAUGGAGGAUUACAACUCGACAAUAGAGUUCUAUUGGGCCCCAUUUCUUGUGGAGUCAAAUUCGGAUGAUCCGAAAAUGCACAGUAUUUUGAACCGUAUAAUCAAUCCAGAAUCAAUCAAUAAACAUGGUGUUAAUUGGAAAAAUGUGGAUUACUUGAUUUUUAACACAUACAUUUGGUGGAUGAACACUGCAAAUAUGAAAGUUCUACGUGGGUCGUUCGAUGAAGGAGCCACUGAGUAUGAUGAGAUCCAACGGCCGGUAGCUUAUCAGAGAGUUUUGAAUACAUGGUCUAAAUGGGUAGAUGAAAAUAUAGAUGCUAAUCGAACCACUGUCUUCUUUAGUAGCAUGUCUCCUCUACAUAUCAAGAGCUUGGAUUGGGAUAAUCCAGAUGGGAUAAAAUGUGCAAAGGAGACAACUCCAGUUCUCAAUACGACAAGCCGUUUGAAUGUGGGCACAGACCGGAGGUUACUUGUUAUAGCAGCAAAUGUGACAAAAUCAAUGAAAGUGCCUGUUCAUUUUAUCAAUAUCACUACUCUUUCAGAGUUUAGAAAAGAUGCACAUACCUCAGUCUACACUAUCCGCCAAGGCAAGAUGCUAACACCGGAGCAGCAAGCUGAUCCGGCGACCUAUGCGGACUGUAUUCAUUGGUGUUUACCUGGAUUACCUGACACGUGGAAUGAAUUUCUUUACACGCGUAUCAUUUCUCGCUCAUGACCUUUGAAGAACCGCACCCCUCUUUUUUUUUUUUUUUUUUUUUUUUUUUUUUUUUG